CUGUCCUUUCCAUCCUUGGUCUGGGAAGGCCAGCCACUUUCACCCCUUGGAGAGUUACGGUAUAAUCUGGCAGCGCCUUGCCAAAGUUGCCAUGUCCCUGCAGCCACGGUAUCAUCUGGGAGCAGGCGAAGGGCCGCCGGUCAACGUCGGACGCCUCUCCCUUCUGUUUCACUGUCAGAGCCAAGCCUAAAAAUCUUCUCGUCUGACUUGGUGUCUGAGUAUCAGCUGGCCGGAUACCAUGGGCGCUGAAAUUCCCCCAUUAUUAUCGGACAUACUUUCGCUGAGCCACGUGCCCGUGUGUGUUACAGUAUAGGUAUCUAACCCCCCCUUCAUCUCUAUCCGAUAUCAGAUUUCUGUCGAGGCUAUGGGGGGACGUUUGUCGCCAUGCUGUCUUGUUUCAAACGCCUUGGCGUGAAAGGCAGACUUUACGGAAUAUCAUGAGGUGUGACAAUCUCCUCGUUUUCCUCUCUAACUCCGCACCGAUUGCUCAGCGUUUGCGACUCGCUUCCUGUGACCGAGUCUGUGAUACCAUGGAUGGGUUCCGACGAGAUCUCCUUCGAAUGUUCGGAAACCACGCGGGUCUCGCGAUCGGGCUCCUGGCCAUUCGUGGAAAUACGGGUUGUCGGGCUGUCAAAUGGGACGAUCUCAUCCCGCAGACCAUCGAUCUCAUUGGCUGGUUUUCGCGAUCUUGUAGUACAGUCGAGUUUCGUUCUCUCAAGAGAAGGGCCAGAUGGAGAGCUGGUUACAAC